AUGGACAAGCCGCCGUAUAAACUGAGCAGCGUGCUGCUUGGCCACAGCGCGGACGUGAGAGCAGUGGCAACCUUUCUCGAUGGUACCAUCGUGUCGGUCUCCCGGGACAAGACAACGCGUGUAUGGAAGCCGUCCGGGAAUGGUAACGAGUAUGAACAGAGCGCAAUAUUAACAGGCCACUCUAAUUUUGUUAGUUCAGUGUGCGUUUUAAACCCAUCGGAGAGAAAUCCCAAAGGUUAUAUCAUCACUGGCAGCAAUGACAAUACCAUAUGUGUCUAUAUAGCAGAUGAAACAGUACCUGUGCACACAAUAACGGCACAUCAGAAUACUGUGUGUAAUUUAAGGACUGGCAAGAAAGAAGGUACAUUUCUUUCGAGUUCUUGGGACCUUACUGCUAAAUUAUGGGAUGUAAAUGAUUUGAGCAAACCACAACUGAAUCUCAUGGAUCAUACUGCUGCAGUAUGGUGCGUGGCAGAUUUAUCGAAUGGAAAUAUAGUAACUGGAUCAGCUGAUAAGUUGGUAAUAGUAUGGACGAGAGAUGGUUCUAUGCAACAUAAAUUAACUGGACAUACAGAUUGUAUUCGUGAUAUAGCUGAUAUUAAAGAGGAUGAGUUUCUAACUUGUGCAAAUGAUGCCACUAUAAGACACUGGAAUGCCAGACUUGGAACCUGUUUAGGUACAUAUUGUGGACACGAGAAUUAUAUUUAUAGUAUAGCAGCUGUUCCAAAUGGCACAUAUGUCUUUUCAUCUGGAGAAGAUAGGACUAUCAGAGUAUGGUAUAAUGCAGAACUUGGUCAAACCAUUGUUUUACCAACACAAUCGAUAUGGUGUGUUGAGUUGUUCUCAAAUGGUGACAUAGUCACUGGAAGUUGCGACGGAGCUGUCAGAAUAUUCUCAUCUAACCCUGAACGAUAUGCGAAUGUGGAGACACUGCAAGCAUUUGAAAAAGAAGUAGCAAAUACCUCUAUAAAUGCACAACAGGUACUCGGAGACAUCAAUAUAAAAGAUUUACCAGAUUCAAGAGUCCUCCUACAGCCUGGCCAAAAAGACGGACAAACAAAGAUCGUAAAUGAAGGAGAUGCAGUUAGAGCGUAUAGUUGGUCGCAAAAUGAAAAACGGUGGAUAAAAAUUGGCGAUGUGAUGGGUGCGUCUGGUGGUACCGCUGCUACCUCUGGAAAGCAACUCUAUAAUGGCAUAGAAUAUGAUUAUGUCUUUUCGGUCGACAUACAAGACGGUGUGCCACCUUUGAAACUUCCAUACAAUAAGGGCCAAGAUCCUUGGCACGUUGCACAGAAGUUCCUUCAUGACAAUAAUCUAAGUCAAUUAUUUUUAGAUCAGGUUGCAAAUUUCAUAGUAAAGAAUUCUGAGUCAACUCCAGUUUUGACUACUGGAUCUCAAUAUGUAGAUCCUUUUACAGGAGGAAGCAGGUAUGUUCCUGGAUCAGGAACAUCGUCCAGUAUGCCCGACGUUAUUGUACAAUCAUCAACAUUAAAUUCUUCCAACACAUCUACAUCUUCCUCUUAUAUACCUCAUUCGAGGUAUUUAAAAUUAGAACAGGCAAAUUUGUCUAUCAUUUUCGAAAAAUUAUACGAAUUAAACACUAAACAAGAAAGUAUACAUAAAGUAUCAGAGGAACAUCUAGAUGCUAUAGGAAAGCUUACAGACGAUCAAAUAUCUGAGGAAAUUAGGACUAGCGCUAUCAACGCGUUAAAAAGUCUUUUAGAUUGGCCGAACGAUACAGUAUUUCCGGCUCUCGAUAUAGCGAGGCUCACUGUACUCCACAAAGCAGUAAACGACCAAUUAUGUACAGAAGAAUUGCUGCCAGUUAUACGGAGGCAUAUCAAAUCUAACGCUACUCCGUCGAAUCAAAUGCUCACUUUUCGACUGAUAGCUAAUAUGUUCCAACAUGAAAAAGGAGAGAAACUUGGUCUCGAUUACAGGGAUGAGAUUCUAAAGUCUCUAUUAGAUUUGCAAUCUCUUGGAAAUAAAAACAAUCAGGUUGCGAUAUCGACUUAUAUGUUGAAUUUGAUCGUAGCGCUAAAUAAGUAUGACGAUACACCUGGUAGAACAAGAGCUCUAAAUACAUUGUUUACCGUAUUACCCCGUUUAAAUGAACCAGAAGCAAUAUUCAGAGCUCUAGUUGGAUUGGGAACGUUAUUGGCCGCUACACCUGAUCCUAGUGAUCGUAAUGAAUUAAUUAACGCUGUGCGAGAAUCCGAAACCGCUUUAAACGUUUUAAGAACUUUGUCGGAAAGCACGACCGAUCUUAGUAUGUCAAACAAAGUGGUAAACUGUUCCAAGCAGAUCAUUGAUUUGAUUAUUUAAUUCGUUUAUGAGUGAUACACUGUGUAACAAACUAUCAUAAAAGAGAACUAUUUGUAAGGAUAAAGAUGGAAAUAUAACCAACGAAUGUGAUUAUCAUAUAAAAAAUAAAAAAGAUUUUGAAUGCACUAAUACAAUUUCAGAAAACGUGAUUAGCGUAUGUAUGCAUAUUUUCCAGUUUGGUUGCUCAAAAUCUUAAAAUAUAUUAUAAAUAAAAAUGCAUUUUUUAAUGCAAUUUACAGCAAUCA